CGCCGCGCCAGUCCAGCACAGCCCCGCCCCGGGCCCGGGAGGGUAGGUUGGCUGCCCCGGCGAGCGGCAGAGCCCUUCUGGACAGCUCCCGCUCACCCAAACAGAAGACGUCGGCGCCGGAGCGGGCUCGGACAUGGCGAGGCAGCGCGCCGGCCCGAGCGGCGGGGCCCGGUGAUCCCUCCCUCCCUCCCCGCCCCCUCCCCUCUCCCGCACGCACGCCCCGGCCGCCCCCACCCCGCCCCCACCCGGGCGCGCCCGCCCGCAGCCGGGGCGCACCCCGCGCGCACGCCCGCUCCACAAGCUCCGCACUCCGCGCCCGCGGCCGAGCCCCGCCACGCGCGCCUCGCCAGCCCGCCGGCCGCCCCCGCCGCCCCCGCCGCCCCCGGGCCCCGAUGGACUGAAUGAAGGCUGCCUACACCGCCUAUCGAUGCCUCACCAAAGACCUAGAAGGCUGCGCCAUGAACCCGGAGCUGACAAUGGAAAGUCUGGGCACUUUGCACGGGCCGGCCGGCGGCGGCAGCGGCGGGGGCGGCGGCGGGGGCGGCGGGGGCGGCGGCGGGGCCCCGGGGCAUGAACAGGAGCUGCUGGCCAGCCCCAGCCCCCACCACGCGGGCCGCGGCGCCGCGGGCUCGCUGCGGGGCCCGCCGCCGCCCACGGCGCACCAAGAGCUGGGCACGGCGGCGGCUGCGGCGGCAGCGGCGGCGUCGCGCUCGGCCAUGGUCACCAGCAUGGCCUCGAUCCUGGACGGCGGCGACUACCGGCCCGAGCUCUCCAUCCCGCUGCACCACGCCAUGAGCAUGUCCUGCGACUCGUCCCCGCCGGGCAUGGGCAUGAGCAACACCUAUACCACGCUGACGCCGCUGCAGCCGCUGCCGCCCAUCUCCACCGUGUCCGACAAGUUCCACCACCCGCACCCGCACCACCACCCGCACCACCACCACCACCACCACCACCAGCGCCUGUCGGGCAACGUCAGCGGCAGCUUCACCCUCAUGCGCGACGAGCGCGGGCUCCCGGCCAUGAACAACCUCUACAGUCCCUACAAGGAGAUGCCGGGCAUGAGCCAGAGUCUGUCCCCGCUGGCCGCCACGCCGCUGGGCAACGGGCUGGGCGGCCUCCACAACGCGCAGCAGAGUCUGCCCAACUACGGCCCUCCAGGCCACGACAAAAUGCUCAGCCCCAACUUCGACGCGCACCACACUGCCAUGCUGACGCGCGGGGAGCAGCACCUGUCCCGAGGCCUGGGCACCCCGCCCGCGGCCAUGAUGUCGCACCUCAACGGCCUGCACCACCCGGGCCACGCUCAGUCGCACGGGCCGGUGCUGGCGCCCAGCCGCGAGCGCCCGCCCUCCUCGUCGUCGGGCUCGCAGGUGGCUACUUCGGGCCAGCUGGAGGAGAUCAACACCAAAGAGGUGGCGCAGCGCAUCACGGCCGAGCUGAAGCGCUAUAGCAUCCCGCAGGCCAUCUUCGCGCAGAGAGUGCUGUGCCGGUCUCAGGGGACUCUCUCCGACCUGCUCCGCAAUCCAAAACCGUGGAGUAAACUCAAAUCUGGCAGGGAGACCUUCCGCAGGAUGUGGAAGUGGCUGCAGGAGCCGGAGUUCCAGCGCAUGUCCGCCUUGCGCCUGGCAGCAUGCAAACGUAAAGAGCAAGAACCAAACAAGGACAGGAACAACUCCCAGAAGAAAUCCCGCCUGGUGUUCACCGACCUCCAGCGCCGCACGCUCUUCGCCAUCUUCAAGGAGAAUAAACGUCCGUCGAAGGAGAUGCAGAUCACCAUUUCUCAGCAGCUGGGCCUGGAGCUCACCACCGUCAGCAACUUCUUCAUGAAUGCCCGGCGCCGCAGCCUGGAGAAGUGGCAAGACGACCUGAGCACAGGGGGCUCCUCGUCCACCUCCAGCACUUGCACCAAAGCAUGAUGGAAGGACUCUCACUUGGGCACAAGUCACCUCCAAAUGAGGACAACAGAUACCAAAAGAAAACACAAAGGAAAAAGACACCGGAUUCUCAGCUGGGGCCCUUCACUGGUGAUUUGAAAGCACAAUUCUCUUGAAAACAAACUUCUAUUCUAGCUGUAAUCAUAGGCCAGGUGUUCUUUUUUUGUUCUUAAUGGCUAUGGAGUCCAAGUGCAAGCUGAAAAUGAAUCUCUUUGAACCAGACACUGUCCUCUGAGCAUGCUAAGCAUUACAGAAGCUCAAAUGGGGCCUGUAGGAGCUGAUUCCAGUAUGGUGUCACCUAGGCUCAGGAUUCCUUCAAAUGUCAACAGUCCCACUUGAGUCCUGCCGACCUCUUGCAGUCAGAGUCCCCAUGGGAAAUGGUAGGAAUUCGGUCUGUGUAAAGACUCUAAGUGUAGGCUUCCAGGAUGCUAUUGGAAGAGAAGAAUUUUACUGACAAGAUGGACCUCAUUUGCUUUCCAAGUGCUUAGCCUCAUGAUACCACAGUACACCAAAGUUCACAGCCAUAGUAUAGAAAACAUCAGAAUGGAAAUUACUGAGCACAAGUUUUAAAUAUGGAAGUUAAAAAAAAAAAAUCCAAGGACCUGUUUUUCCAACUCAGGCAUCUUUUCAUUGAGUAGCUUAGAACACUUUAAGUUGAUUCAGUUUACAAUUUUCUUACCUCCUGGAAAUUUCACAUGGUCUUGGAUCUGUCCCCAAACAAAUCAGUUCACUUGAGCUCAAAGUAUCAAGCACAACAAAGAGAAACAGAAGUAAGAAAGGUUCUGGAUUCACCGCAUCUGGAUUUUCAAGAAGCCGAACGUGAAGUCCUUGGGGAAUCGUUGGGAACAUGGCUUCAAGCACAUUUUGCAGUUUGCUACAAAUUCUGUUUGUACAUAAUGCAGACGCACACUCAGGAGGCCAAUUUAACUGUUACGGUACAUAGAGAAGAUACAGCAUUUUAAAAGAUCUAAAUAUUUUUAGAGCAUUAAUAUAUCCUUCUUGGUUUAUUAGUCAUCUGGUUCCUCCUAACACGCAUUAUGAUCACUGCAUAACUCAUUCUCUCACUUUCUGAUUUCUGUUGUUCCCUCAUCCAUCCAGUUAGUAGGAAUGUUUUCAGUGUUUUCUAGCAAGGAAACAAAUAAUAAACCAAACCACCAUGCAUGUUGCUCAUGACUGUCAUCUAGUCCUAAAUCUCCUCCAUGUUGAAUCAUCCUUGCAAAACAGCUACAUAAAUCUGGAGAAAAAAAAAAAAAAAAACACAGCACACCAAAGAAGCAGAAUACUGCAAACCAAAGACGUUUCUUACUUGCCAUUUUCUAGCCUAGAAAUACUGUGAUUACUUUUAGAAAUCAGAAAACCUCUGCAACCCCGAACGGCAUUCAGCUCUUGCAUCAGGCUCACCAUCAGGCUGAGCGAACCAGCCACGCCAAGGACAGUAGCCAAGCUUCACCAUGCCAGCUCUGGUUCCUGGCUGUCACCUUCCCACAGCAAGUGGCAGAGAGAGCACCCGCAGAACUCCGGGAGAUUGCGAAGGUCACGAUGUGCGUAUUUACCAGUGAACGGCCCCAGGUGGGCACCGUGGGGGUGUUCAAAGCAAGCCAAACGCAGCAAUGAUUCUUUACAGACACUUGAGACUGACUUUUUUAUGAAUUACUUAAUCGAAACCAAAGAAACUUUUUCUGCACCUACUUCUGCAACAAACAAAACUGUCCCAUUAAAGUGAAUAAAUAAAUCCGUGAAUCAGUGGAAAUCACCACCAAGAAGGAAACACGACAGAAAUUAAAACAAAAACAAAAAAACGGCGAGACACACUGUGUUCAAACAGACCUCUUGGGACAAUUUUUGGAAGCAGAUUUUAAAGAAAGGGUUGAGACAAGAAUAGAAGUAAGGAAGGGCCUCAGUGGCUGCUGCUUCAUUUGACAACUCACGCGGUAAUCUUAAAGUUGAAGAUUGUCUUUAAUUUGUGCCUAUGCAGUUUUUCAAAAGAACACGGAACAGAGCAACAGAAACCUCAACAGCUACAAUACCAAAGAUGAGGAUUUCUCACACCUUUUGUUUCAGUUCAUUAUCUCUUCUUGCCUGGCUAAAAUACUAAUAGCGCCAUUGAUCUGUACAAAGGUAAUCAAUUUUGUUUCUCUGAGCAACAAAAGGAAAGGGUCAUUUAUUUGAUGUUAUUGUUUCCCUUUAAGUUUGUCUUAUGGGUUUUUUAACCCCAACAUGGAAUCUCUCAAAAAGCUUCCAUGGACUCCAAGUUCAAGAUGUUGGGAUACUGAAUGAGUCUCCCCUCUCUGCUCAGCAGUGUGGGGACUGGUAUUGUCACUUGAAUGUUCUUUGCUUAACCCUUAGACUUGGUUCCUUCUAUGUUCAGAGUCUGAUCAUCAAGGGAGGAAAGGGGAGUGAGAGUCAAGGGGGAGGGGGGUCUUGGUGACACAUCCUCUCCCGAGCCACAGAACCAAAGAGUUUAUAGAGGAGUUUACAGUCUCGUCUUCAUGGGACUGCUACAUCCUAACAGGGCUUCAUUUGGGGGUGGGGGAAAACAUGUAAAAAUAAUUGCCAGUUUCUACUUUUCUAUUAGCUUUUUAAAAAUCAGCUGUAAAGUUGCAUUUCUAAAGAAAGAUAUAUAUAAUAUAUGAAUACAUAUAUAGAUCAACUUGACAUUGGUGAUCACUCAAAAUUCUUGCUGUCCAAAUUCAUGUCUUGUUUUUGUCAAGUGCUUCAUUUGCUAAGUAUUCAGUUCAGAAUUUUGCUCAUUUCUCAUGCCAUUUCAGAGUUAAUUUGCCACUGUGGAUGAUGUGGAGUAUUCACAUUUCUAUGAAAAUUCCUGGGAAAGGUUGAAAGUCAAGUUCAAGGAUUUCAACAUUUAACCUGUUGGUAAAUGGAUCCAUGGGGUCAAUGAGCUUGAUUUGAAUUUUAAGCCCUAUUUUAUGCCUCAACCAUGGUCAAGAUGGUGAGUGAGGUUCAUCCACCAAAGCUGAGCCAUGGACAGUGCAGUGCUCAUCUGCAACUGCUGGGAAGGCUCAGGGGUCUGUUCCCAUCAGGCAUGGGAUGUGAGGCCAGCCCCACACACUCUCCUGUCCUCCAGGAGAUGCCUGUCCAUCAGGGUUUUCCAGAGCCCCUCAGUGAGUGGAUCCACCAAAAGGGACUUCUCACGGGGAAGUCCAGCUCCUGUGGCAAUGGGCUGAUUAGGUUUCCUCAGGGUGGUAAUUGCCAGUUUGCAUUGACAAGCCUGUGUUGCAACCACAGCUAGCUCUAGGGUGGGGCAGUGGUGGCGUUGGGGUAGGGGAUAUUGCAAUCCUGGAGAGAAAAUAUAAAGCAAGUUUUGAGGAGAGUCCCAGAAUCCUCCCCCAGGAGAGCUCCACUGUCUCCCUCCUUGCUCCCACCGUGCAGGGGAAGUCGUCGUGGAGCUGUAAGAGAAUGAGGCUCUCUGUGAUUUUUGUGAUUCAUCCUGCCUGGGAGUCACUCCUUGAUUGCUCCCUUGUGUCCCUUUAUCCUGUGCUCAUACUUCAUGUACCCUUCAUCAGAAGACUCAGAGAAGGGUACAUUUCAGCUGGGGGUUGCUACCCUGUGGGUUGAUAAAGAUGAAUUUCAACUUUGGAAUUUCUAAAUGAGUCCUGGUGACUUGUAGCCACUGGAAAUGGUUGUUCUUCUUGAGGUUAGAUUGAGGAACCAAGCCUACUUGGUUUGAUUAGUGACUCUUCGACACAUUAACCUCAGCAUUUGGUCUUGGACAUCCUCUAAAGAUGUCUAGACCAAAAGAGGCUGUCUUUGUGCCCUGAAAUUUCAACACUGGCCAAACCAAUGUUCUGAUGAGUGGAGGAAGAUGUUGCAAAGUAAGAAAAGGCAGUAACUCCCUGCAGUAGCGCCUGACAAAUGUCUCAUACCAGAUAGUGUCCUAUCUAAGAGAAAUGCUUGCAUUUAAAAAAUUAUUUACAUUUAUAAAAAUACAUGUGUACCUAUACAUUUUGUAUCCAAAUUUUAAGUCAUGCAAAAUUUCAAUUUGUUAGACAUCUGAAAAAAAUGCUAUAUUGAAAGAUAAUAGAAUCUAACCCAGUGUGUUUCCUCAAGUAUCUUAAAAUUUUAAAUUAAGAAUUUCAAAGAACAUAACCAUAUGGACUUGGUUAUAGUUUAGAAUCCAUUUCCUUAAUCCAAGAAAAAUUCCAGGCAUGCCUCAGCCAUCAGCAAUGAAUGGGACAGUGUAAAGGGACAGUUCUCCACCAAACUUGACAGGCAGUAGAAAUACAAAUGCUUACGGCUAUUGAGUGGGGACAUUUUUUUUUCUUCAUUCCUUUACAUAAAUAGGCUAGCUUUGUUUUUCAGUGUGAUUUUGGUACUGGGGAUGUAAUUCUUUCAUUCCAGGAAAUUAAAAAGAAGAUAGAGCCAAUACAUUUAUUUUUCAAAGGAAAAUAGCAGCAGUGGUAAAACCUCAACACCAGUAUUGAAAACUUUUGCUAAAAUGUAAAAGGUGCUUUAGGUUGUUCUCCAUAAAGGCAUGGGCUAGACUGAGCCAGGAAGAACCUAGCAUGAUACUGCUUCUGGAGAAAUCAGAGUAUGCUAGACAGCUGCUCUUCUCCCACAAGCUCUUGGCAACUGUAAGGUUAGGAAAGCCAUGCUUAAUUUUUCACUUCAAGGCAAAAUAAAAUCAAAAUUAGAAAGGUAAUUCUGCUAAAGUCAAACAAUGUAUUUCGAAGCCAAAUAUAGGACCUUUUGGAUAAUCAACCAUUUUACCAUGUCUAUGCUGGGCACUCACCUAUUAGUGACAAGAAAUUAAAGUUGAAACGAUUUUUAAAAAAUCACUACUUCCUGGGUGUGGGGAGAAACUUUCACACUUCUGAAAGCAUUGGCAGAAUUACAGGAGUAUCUGUGUAUCAAAGUGUCAUGACAGCAAGCCUUUAGAAUGAACUUGGGUUUUCAGGAGGUUGUAUAGUUGGAAUUUUUUUUUAAACAAAAGAACAGACUGGGUUCCAAUUUUGUUGAAGAAAAAUAAAUUCUAUUUUUUAAAAAGAGAAAAAGAGAUGAUACGCGCGGUAAGGGAUUACCACAAGCCCCAGUUACAAGUACUUUGAGAAUAACCCUCUAGAUUAAUAACAGAUUAGAGUUGAGUUUUCUUGUUGUUGUUGCUAAUGCUGUGUGAUUCAGAUUUGUUAGCCUAACUAGGAUGAGGGAAUGGAAAGUGGUAGAAGAAGGAAUAGACCUGGUAUACCUGUAUCUUUUGAAAUUUAUCUACAAAUCUGGUUAGAUUGUGAUAAUUCUUUACUUUUAAAAACAAGUUAUUUCUGAAACAACAAAAAUUCCAAGUUUUAAAAUAAAGCCUCAGAAAUCAUUACUGAAGGAAGACUGACACCCCAGUUGGUUGUAUAAAUCUCAAAAGAUAAUGAUAUUGGCUUUAAAUGUGGAUGACCCAAUUCCUAUUUACAUCAAUGAUUUGUUUCUUUCUAAAGUCAGGGGUGGAGUGGAGUUUUGUUUGUUUUAGAAAGUCCCAGAAUAAAGUACAAAAAUAAUUUUUAAAAAUUAAUAUAGGAACCCUUCCCCCAUGUAAAUAGAUAGAAAUAUAUCUUAUAAUUGAAGCUGAUGGGCCAUGGUAUGAAUCUCACAAUCCCUCAUUGUCCAAAAUGGUACCAAAAUGACUCUGACAGGUUGAGGCACAUCCAAGCUAGAGCCCAACCUUCCCAUACAGAUUUUUGAGUUAGGUUAAUUGGAAUUAAACAGCUAAUGCCUUUCUAGUGGAGAAAAAACACCUUGCUACAGAUUCAUUCAUCCAAAGGAAAUGUUCCACUCUGCUCCAUUUUUAGCAGUAGGCAUUUGGUGUAGCAUAAAUCUUGAUAGCUAAGUUGGCCUAAAGCUUACACAGUCUGUCAGCUUGGAUGUAUACAGAUUUAGAUACAUAUUUUGAUAUGUAUUCUCACUCAUGUCUUUACAGCAACACACAAUACCUAUAAGUGUCUAGACUGUGUACAUACAAGUGUGUACAGACAUCUUAAUACAUCUCUACUGUAAUCUGUUACGAUAAAUAAAUUUUAAAUAAUUAACAUGUAUGUUUUACUUCUACAAUAUACAUUGUCUUCAUUAUUAUUUAUUGUAACAUUGAAAACCAAAGUACAGGAAGGGGAAAAAAGUAUCCCAGCAUCUCCAUUUUGUACACUUGGAAUUACUUCCAUUUGGGCACACCCAAGGUAAACUUAACUUUCAAGAAACUCUGGAUAUUAUUCAAUCACCUGUAUCAGAAUGACACCUAUGCUUGAUGGCUUCGGUUGAAUAGCUUUAUUCUGGAUCGUUCAUAACUAAAGCUAAAUCCAAAGACCUGAAAAGGGACCAAAAAAUUAAAAAAAAAAAAAAAAAGGAAAAGAAAGAAAAAUAAUAAUGUGCAAAGCAAUGGGGAGAAAGUGGGCUCUGGUUUCCAGGGUUGAGAUGAUGGUGACAUGGCCUUGUGGAGGCUGUGCCAGCUGGGGGGAGGGGGGUGAUUUUUUUUUCAUGCUUGUCACAUCUAAAUGGUCUUUAAUGUGAAAAGGCUUUAGAAAUUAUAAUUUACUGCUUUAUUUUAAUUUUAGACACAGAAAGAGGUUACACAUUUUGUCAGCCAAAAAGUGCACACAACUUCCAACUUGUCUCUUUGGGUUAUCACCCAACAAGCUAAGUACGGUGACUGUAAUUAAUUUAUUUAAAUUAGUUUUAGUACUGCAAUGUAUAGGAUUUGGGUACUUAUUUAAUCAUCCUUCCUUUGUUGGAUUUUAUUUCUUGUGCUUAUUUAUCAAAAUCUAAACCAAUGGUGCAUCAGAGAUGCAAAAUCCUAUUUAGAUGACUCUUGAAGUUUAGUUUGCUUUAUAAAGCAGUAAAAUUCUGUUACAGGCAGGGAAGAAUUAACUACAGGUUACAGAAAAAAAAAAAGCAGAAUUGGGGAUAUUUCUCCUUCUUGAGUUAACUUUUAAAAUAGGUUAAGUAACAAUUAUUAAAUUAUUUAAUUUAAGUUCGCAGCCCCACCUGGUACCAGGCGAACUUCACUUCCUAGUUAUUGAGGCCCUCAGAGCCUUCCUAUUGUAACUUAUUUAUUUAACUUAUUCAGCAUCUGUGAAAGGUGCACUGUAUAGUUUAUAUUUUUUAUUUAAAACAACAGAGAGCACUGCAGUUUGUUUGCUGUCAGAACAACAGAGCAAAAUUUCGUGGACAAGCAAUGACUAUUCAACCUGAACUUGUGCAUUCAGAAAACUUAAGUUGAGACCCUGCCUCACCAGCCUGAAUUUCGGGGCUUCUAUACAGAAACUGGAAAAAAAUAAAUCAUAAACAAAAAGAGAGAAACCCUUACACUAGCUGCUUCCAAGAAUGAACUCUGUGUGUGUGUGUGUGUGUAAAGCAACAAAACAAAACAAAAAAAGGAAUAAAAAAAGCAGAAAAAAGAAAAACAGAAAAAACUUUCUAUUUCUAGUGAGAACCAAAGGAGGCUACCUCACUGACUGUUUCCUUGUGUAAUUUUAAUCGUGUUGAUGACACCAAAGAUACCAAAGAUUUCUUUCUCUGUGCGGUCUGCGUUUUGCCUGUGCUCUUUUAUAAUUUGAACUAUUCUCUCUGAUGUAUGGUAUGUACAGCCACAGCUCAGAUACCCCAAAGAAAUGAUUAUCUAUGCGAUGGUGGCUGCUAAUUUGGAAAGGGAUAUUUUCUGUGUUUCGCUCAUUUGUUUGCUGUCCCCUCCUCAUGUUCAGGGGUGCAAGUUUGGACACUAUUAUAUUUGGAUUCCUUAAAUUCUGAUUCCAAAUGGGUAAAAAUACUGGUUGGAAAUGGCCUUCAGUCCUAGCCGUAGCCUGUCCCCACUUAGGAGCCGUCACAGGAAAGAGUUCCAAUUACUAAACCACAGCAACUCAUAACCACUGGACAACAGAGCUGGAAAGGCCCUUAGAAAUCCCUUAGUCCAGCCCCUAGGGCUGCAGGAGUGACACAGUUAUUUCAGUCAAAUGACUACCUAGAGACGAAGGCUACGUAAGCCUCCUGGCUCCACCCCAGUGCACUGCCCAUGGUGCAGUGUCACCUAGGCCUGAGACAGGUCACAUGUGGGCAGACAGGAAGGUGGCAGUCCUUUAGCCAUCAUCAGACACUGUGGUUUAUCCCUUGACACUUCAUUCUGCGGAAACAGCCACAGGCAUUUUCUGUGUCUGUCCAGUUAUAUCUCCACAUAGUCAUAUACAAUCAGUUGCUUAAUAAAGGUAAUCAGCUUUGAAAUAUCAGGGCUCAUCCAGGCAUUACUGAGCCCACAGGAUGACUGCUUCUUAACCGCUCCACUACACAGUAUUGUAUAAAUAAGCUUUUGAUUCAGUGAGAGGAGAAGGUUCACCCUUAUCUGAUUGAGUUUAAUUAUUAUAGUUUUUUAAGUCAGCAUUUAUUAAGAACAUUUGAUCACCAUUUAUACAUAUGACAUUUCGGCUCUCCAGCUUUACAUUCUGGGUGCUUACACUUCAUUGCUAAGCCAACUCUGUAUUUAUGAGGGAAGUUUAAGCUUCACAUCAUUUGGUUAUUCAUUGUAAAUGAAAAAUCUAAGACUUCCAGAGAAAUUAAUGUCAGUUUAAGUUGCUUCCCUCUUCUCUAAUUACUCAUGGAAUUAAUUGGUUUUAUGUUUCUUUUAAUUCUAUCAAAUGACUAAAUCACUAUUAUGAUCCAUCCAUCAAAAUGAUCCAGAUGUUAGUCAUAGAAUCUUUCUCAGCUUUUGAUCAAAUGGGUUUUAGACACAUGCAAAGAUCCACCUCCUAUCUUGAAUGCUUUCCACUGAGUACUGGUAUUUUGCAUUUCAUGUAAUGUAGUUAUUCUGAGCUUUUAAGGAACCCAUUUAGAAAGAGAAGCUAAGACAGGAAAGACCCAAUCAACUUGUCAGUUCCAUGCAUCAAUGGAGGGUAGCUAGUAGAGUUUAGAAGACAGACUGACAACUGUAGGACACAUUCAGUUGCCCUCUUUGUGACUUUCUAAGCACCAUCCUGACAUACAGACAAGUUCCCUGCUGUCUCAACAGGCUCACAGCGCUCUCUUCUCCCUAUACAAGGUAAACCUGUAAGGCCUUUCUUCCAAUCAGCAAAUUGCUUUGGUUUUCUUCCCAGAUUUUUAUUGGAAACAGAAGUCUCAGACAAUCUGAGAAUCCAACAAAAUGAUUUAACUCAUAGGGCAGCAGAAUGCUCCCCUGUAAGUCAAUAUUACCUUCCCCAGCCUUCCCACCACCAAGCCCCCAUAAGAGAGAACCUAGAAAGAGCGAUGGCAGCCUGAACACAGAAAACAUCCCCCGGUGGCAGACCCCUCCUCAGCAAUCCCCCCUCAAGCCUCAUGCUUCACUUGCAAAGUGUGACAUAACCACGGGACGAGUGCCUUGCUUGAACCAAAGCAACGAUUUAGCCAGUCUGGACCUCUCUGUGCUUUUUUUAAUCCUUCCUGUGAAUACCUCAGCUUCAACUGGGCCUCCAUGCAGUAAAUUGGUGGGCUUAUUGUACUGUGGUGCUUUGCAAUGCAACCCUGCAAAGAACAAGAUUUGUACUAAUACCAAAGGUUCUUUCUCUAUGUUUCCUCCUCCUGCCGCCCCGUUCUUCCCCUUUUCUAGUUCUUCAUGGUUCCAAAGCUUUAAUAUGAACCUGGGCAUGUUGGCAAUGCAGACCGCGCAAUUCCUUACCGAAUUUUCUCAGAUAUACCUCAUAGAUAAUAGUGUUUAGAGUAAUGUUAUUAUAGCGUAUGUAAUAAAUUAUUCACUGUUUCUUUUGGUAACUGUGAUUUAAAAAAAGAAAAAAAAGAAAAAAAAGCUUUAUACGUUUUAGGUUGUGCUUUUGUAAUAGACAAAAAGGUGCGCUUAAAAAGAAAAUGUAUGUUCUUUUUUUUCCCCUUUGGAUUUUAUUUAUUCUGGAUUGGGGAAAGUUGCAGAAUGAGCCCAAAGUUUACAGUUUCAUAUUUUGCUGAAGAAACAAUCUGUGUUCAUUUGCUCUGUUAAAAAAAAUGAUUAUUUUCUACUUUUGUGCUACUUGGUCUGAACAAUUAAUUGUUCUGUGUUAACAGUGUAGUAUUAUAAUUAGCAACUGCCAAUCAGUGCUAUAAUUUUAUGCAUGAAGCUAAAAAUUUAGCUGUGUGAUGCAUUGUGGUUUUAAUAGCAACAUUUUUUCAUUUUGAACUAGAUCCUCCCCUUCGGUUCACAGACUUUAUUUAUGCAUGGACGCCUAUUGUUUGUUAGCAGUCGUGGAACAGUUGUGUAUCAUUAACCUGUGAAAAUGUACACAGUUCAGCCUCAGACAGUGGUAAUAUUGGUUUUAUUGGGAGAUGUCUCACCUCGAAAAUACCUUCACAUCUGUUGGGAUUUCAAAAUGAGACUGAAUCGGGUUCAAAUUUUAUAAUGAAAAAGGUCAUUCCAAGUUGAGUUAGUCAACCUGCAUUCCACAAAUUGGGAUCCUCAUAACCCAGUUACAUCACUGUAUCCAAGAGGGGUUUGAAAACAAGUGUAGAAAAGCAACUCACCUCUGCCUUUUUAAUUUCCACUAGAAAGAGUGAUUUUGGCCUUGUGUUCAUGACCUCAGACCCAUCUGGCCACACACCUGGGGAUGCUAAUUCAUCCAGCUUUAGCUCUCUUGGGUCUCUGGCUCGGCAAUGGCAAUUUUUGACUGUGUGUGGUUUCUUCUAAUAUUUUGUUGUCAGGUCAGUUUCCAGCAGAAACUCAAAUGGCAUCAAUAUCACUAAUUCUUCUCUGGCUUUUUUUUGUCCACUCUCCUGGACAUUCCACCAAGUGGUUUCAGAAAAAAAUGUAGAACCAUUCCCAAAAAAUUCACCUGUGCAGCUGCAACAUAAUUUCUCCUCACUAGGGUCAGAGGUCACUGUAACUGACUCUAUCCACCCCACAAUGUUCUAUCCAUCUUCUAAAGGGGAAGUAGAAGCAGUUUUCAAAUACAGAUUAUGAACACCAUCCCCAGUCAUCCGGGGUCUCUGUAUCUCAAAAGAUAUUUUUCCACGGCAGAGGAUUGGGCAAACUUCUGAUAUUUAAGUUCUGAGCUCCACUCUCAAGCUUCAUACCUGUUCCCCAAGCUGAUAUGUUUGACAUAAAGCCAAAUCAACCACCAAGCACAUUUUAUUUUGGAUAGGGAGUGUAUUCAUUAAUACAAAACCACAUGGUUUUAGUUGGCCUUAUAAAAGUACAUUGUGAUCAUGAAAGCUUUGUAAAACAGUAUUUUUAUUUUUCUUCUAAUUAAUCUGCCAAAGAUGGGAAUGAAUACAAGAAUUUUUAAAUCAGCUUUUGUAAGACAGUUGAUGAUUGUAAUAGUGUUUAACCUUCCAGAAAGCUUUAUAUGUUCUUCUGCAAUAAAUCAAACCCAUAUUUAUUUCAGUAAAAUUCUCACCUACUCACAAAACCACAAAUUGUUCCUUUUGAUGCAGAUAUUGUUGUAUCGACAAAGUUCAAAUGCAUUUUAAAUCCAAAGAAUACAGAGGGUGUCUGAGACAUGAGUGUGCCCAGUCUUUUCUAUCACAGGCCACACACAGGUCUGGCUCACUGGGAUUUGCCAAGAAGACUUCUCUAUGAAAUUCAAGGUAUAUUUUGUUAUGCCAUUUCAUGUCCUUUUUUUUUAACUUUGUGGAAAGUGAUAUGUUGAAUCUAGUGUAAGCGGAGUUUUCCAGACAACUGAAGUAGCUACAUUGUGAAUGUUAUUUUGUUAUUAAAGGGUUUUUACUCAAUGCUUUGUGCUAAUGGAUGUCCUUUUCCUUGGAGACACAGAACUAUGGAAUUAUCUUUUUGUGGCCUCAAGGGGGGAAUAUGGGCCUGCCCUGGAAAACCAAUGGAAGGUCAUGGGCUAAAAGGUAGGUUUGGGGCACUAGGAAGACAUCUCUGUAUCUUUCAGCUUUAAAAAGAGCUGGGUUCGAACUCUCUAACUUUCCUCUUUCUGGAUCCCAAAGCUUCUCUGAGACCCCUUACCCUUAAGCACAUGGCAGCAUGAGGGCAGAAACUGAUUUGUAUAGGAAAGGCAAGAUGGAGAAAAUGUCAACUUUGAAUGGUCUGUAACUCCACACACAUACCUACCCUCCCCAAGUUGAAUUGACUCAGCCAAGGCUGUGGUGACCCAUCUGCUUGACUCCACCUGGGUCAUCAAUGAAGGCGGUCCCCUUUCUCUUGACAUCUGUAGGGAUCUACUUCUCCUCAAUGCAGUGCGCUUCCGGAGCAGAAGCCCUCUUCCCACCCAUUGUGUACGUCCCAUUUAGCUUUCUCACUCAACACUUCUGGAGAUAAUUAUUUGGAAUACAAAGAUAGGUAUUGAAUAGGGGUUUUUAAUGUUUUGUUUCUAAGUUGUAUUUUAGAUAGACCAAAUUCUUUGAACUGGAAAAACACAGAGGGAAAAGAAGCCUGUACUGUCUCUCUGUGCCUUGCUCCCCUCUCAGGGGUCCUGCACAUUGCCCAUGCUGUUGGUCUUUCUUAGGGGACAGGCUGAACCACAGCUACUGAGCCAACAAAAAACACUGCCCAUCAAUGCAGACUUUAUCUUAGCAUAUAACUCCUCUUCAAAAACUCGUAGCAUUUAGAGUUUCCCCAUAUCCUUUACUUUGGCUUCACUGGCAUUUCGCAUAAGAGUCAGUUUAUUGUCUAGGAAAGAUUUUUUUCAGACUGUGACUGGGAACCUGCCAUCUGGGAAGAAAGGUGAAGUAUCCAAAGACUAGCUAUUGGGUAGGUAGUCACAUCAUUAACAGGUACAUCCUUGAAGAUUAAAUAUCACUUCCUUUCUUUACCAUGUUUUUGUGGUACACAAGUCCAAAUGCUACCAGAGAACUCUGCACCACGAAAGGUUGCAGAACAUCUGGCAUGCUGAGAUUUCUGAAAUAAAAACCCGAGCUUCAGACUGACAGGCUGAUAAAGAACUGCUGAAGUUUGGAGGCAGAGAGCUGAAGCAGGAGUAAACUUGCUGUUGGUUUCUCUGUGAAUCCAUAUCUCCAAUCAGCAAAUCUUAUUUUUCCCCUUCCAUCCAAGAGCAGUUCAGCCUUUUCUGCAAAGGUUUCAUGGGCAAAGAUAAUUAGGGAUUGAUCAACAUUUUAAUUAGUUCUUUUCUUCAUUGUUUACUUUUCUCAAAGAAGGUGUCUUCUUGGCCUUCAGAGAAACAGCCUGGCCAAUUUUUUUCCUAUUUGAAUAUUUCCACCUAAAUGAAUACUUCAUUAUCGCAGGUAUUGCCAGUUCUUUUUUGGUUGGUGAAAUCUCAUAAGAAAAACUACCCUCCCAUCAAAGUUCCAGUUCCACACAAGUUCCAGUAUCUUUUUUUCCACCUGGCUCUGUUCUCAGAUCCAAAUCAGUCUUGGCUAUUUUCUCACUUUUGGCCUCGGCCUCAGAUGUGUUUACUUGUGGUAUUAAAAACACCUUUUAAUUUUGCAUGCUGGCCUGUGGGGCUUCACUCCUUUCUUCCAAUCUGUUGGUUACUUUAUGGUAUUUAAAAAUGACUGUAGUGGGGGAAGGACGGAGUGGUAAGAGAAGUCCCAGCUCUGUUUAAAGCUUCAAAAUGGAAAAGAAACCCAUGGGGACAUAGCUCUGGAAUAUGAUUCCUCUCUGUCCAAGAACACCCUUUACCACCUGCCUUCUAUAAAGUGGUUCCAGAAACCCAGCACUUUAAUAGAACCCAACUACCCAGACUCAUGGGUGUUUGUUCAGAUUCCAAGAGGACAGGAGAUCAGAGAGUCACAUGCACAUCUCUCAUUUUAUUUCCUUGCUUCUACAGAUAUUACCUCAAAGAAAAUCAUUGGAAACUUGAAGCUGUUAUUUUUAGUCAUUCUGUUUGCCAUCACCUCUUACAUUUCAAAUCAGGAAAACAUGCACCUAAAAUUCACACUUCCUCCUGUUUUGCAAAAGAAAACCCACACACUGAUCCACAUGCUUAUUUCCUUUCACCCUGGGCUGUAUUCCCAAGCAUGCUAGAACCCAGACUUUGCCCUGUGUCAGACAUAUGAAGUCAGAUUGUGAUGACAGCUUUUCCAAGGACAGUCAGCAGGACAUAUGUCCACCGGCUGCCCUCAAAUCCUGGGGGGACUGAGGAUGACUCUUCAUUGUCAAGGGUAUGCUCACCCCUAGCAAGCUCCCUGUCCUUGGGAAGAUUUCUUUGAAUGUUAAUUACAUUUUCAAUUUUGCUCACUCCCUACCCUGUUUUGUCUGCAACGUUGCUUACACUGGAUUCUUUCUAUUUUUAUUCCUAUCAUUAAAUGGUAGUGCUGUAAAUUCUGCAAUUAAUGUCAAAUAAACUGCUUUAAUUCAUUGA